AUGGCGGCGCCACCAGCAAUGAGUUCCAACCACGCUCGAUCCCCCGUCAUCAAGAUCAUUGCAGGCGAAGACGAGAUCUUUGGCGAAGAAAACCCGGAUCUUCCUAUCAACGUCUUCCAUGUCAGCAAAUCACUCUUGCUGGAGAACUCGAAGUACUUCGCCAUCAUUCUCGAUUGCUCCCCCGAGCGUACCACCGUCCGUCUUCCCACCAGCGACCACGAAGUCAUCGCUGACUGGCUCGACCUGAUCUACCAAGGAGCCCUGACCAAAUCCAGCAGCGGCGAGCCCAUGACCUUUGAAGAUGUGGAGCGCUAUUUCAAGUUUGCAGAUCUGGUGGGUUCCGAGAAGCUCCGAAAUACCAUCAUGGACUCGAUGCAGGACGUUCCCUUGGAUCACUGGGACCUAAAUUCCUUGUUGCUCUUGGAAAAUGAGCAUUGCUCUUCCCUCGGAGGCUUAUGCGACUAUGUCCUCGAAUGUCUGGCGUACAAGAUCGUCGUUGGGGGUUGGGCCGAGUUUAUUAAGCAAGACCGAGGAGGCGGGGAUGUUAUCUGGCGCAGCUUUAUCAGCGACGCGGCCAAUAUCGACUUGUUGAACAGGCUGCUCUUGAAAGUUGAUCAGCUCAACGAGGAGAAGGAUCACAACAGACUUGUGGCCCCAUCAGCGCGCAAGGAUUGCAUGUGGCACGAACAUGCAAGUGACGACACGAAGACGAAAUGCCCAAGAAACGCUUCGCCGCCGUGGAAAGACAUGCUUGCGUACAAGGAUAUCGUGAAUGGACAUGGCACUCAGCUGGAAAUAAAUGGUCACGAGCGAGCUGGAAGUCUAUUUGUUGCUACGGCCUGA